AUGGCGGACAUGCCCAUUGUGCUCGACGGAGGAACUGGUUUCCUCAAGGUCGGAUAUGCUGCGCAGAACUUCCCAGAGCACCAGUUCCCUUCGAUAGUGGGGCGGCCAAUCUUGCGAACGGAGGAACAGGCUGGCGACAUUGUCGUCAAGGAUAUCAUGUGCGGAGAUGAAGCCGCUGCCGCCAGAUCGAUGCUCCAAAUCAGCUAUCCUAUGGAGAAUGGUAUCGUGAAGAAAUGGGACGACAUGCAACACCUAUGGAACUACACCUUCUACGAUAAGAUGAAGAUCGACCCUACUGGCCGCAAAAUCCUCCUCACCGAACCGCCCAUGAACCCGCUGAAGAACCGCGAGCAGAUGGCUGAGGUCAUGUUGGAACAAUACAAUUUCGGAGGGGUUUAUGUUGCGAUCCAGGCUGUCCUUGCGCUGUAUGCUCAAGGUCUUAGUUCCGGAGUUGUUGUCGACUCCGGUGACGGUGUCACCCACAUCAUCCCUGUUUACGAAUCCACCGUGCUUAACCACCAUAUUCGCCGACUGGAUGUCGCAGGUCGCGAUGUCACUCGGAACCUAAUCGCCCUUCUCCUCCGCCGCGGCUAUGCCCUCAACCGUACAGCCGACUUCGAGACCGUGCGCCAGAUCAAGGAGAAGUUGUGCUACGUAUCUUGCGAUCUCGAACUGGACAGAAAGCUCUCCGAAGACACAACAGUACUAGUCGAGUCUUACACUCUUCCCGACGGUCGCGUUAUUCGAGUCGGCAGCGAGCGAUUCGAAGCCCCCGAAUGCCUCUUCCAGCCACACUUGGUGGAUGUCGACCAGCCCGGUGUCGCCGAAUUGCUCUUCAACACUAUUCAGGGUACAGAUGUGGAUGUGCGCUCGAGUUUAUACAAGGCCGUCGUGCUCAGUGGAGGAAGCAGCAUGUACCCUGGUCUCCCUACACGACUGGAGAAGGAACUGAAGCAACUGUGGCUGACCCGGGUCCUCAAGAACGACCCGGAAAGACUAAGCAAAUUCAAGGUCCGCAUCGAAGACCCGCCUCGACGAAGACACAUGGUCUUCCUGGGAGGUGCUGUCCUCGCCAACCUGAUCGCAGACAAAGAAGACAUGUGGGUCACCAAGCAAGAAUGGCAGGAACAGGGCGCUCGUGCUCUCGCCAAACUCGGCCCAAGAUAG